AUGCCACCUCUCCGUCGCCCCGCAAACAAUUUUAUGUAUUUCAGGAGUCACUAUUCCCGUAUUUUAAAACGUCAAAACCCGGGAAUUACGCAGAAGGAAAUCUCAAAAAUCCUCAAGAAACAGUGGCACAGUAUCAGCCCCAAGGAAUACAAUGAAUGGACGAUAAAGUCGUUAGAAGGGCGUAUCCAAAAUCGAAGGACGGAUCCCUUCUACCGAUAUGACAAUCACCUACCACUCUCGACGGAGGAUAGGAUGUUAAGUCAACCUCUUCCUCGUGAUCUUUCCACGGAAGGAUCAUCGUGUCCUUUUAUAAUCGAGAACGUGGCGAGUGUCGAAGACUUUGAAAGGUCGACCAAGGAGGAUUGGAUGGA